GAGCGGGGGAACGUAACGCGUACCGUACAAUAAAAACAGUGUCGGUAGUUCCCUCUCAGCGUGUGGUUCCUGACAUCAUCACCGACGAGAUUAAACAAUGUCUGCGCUCCGCAAACUGUUCGACCCCAAACUCUUCAACAAAAAAAUCCUCGCCUGCGCCGCCUCUUCCAAGCACUGUUAUUACUCGACAGACGCCUCGGAAUUCGUCCUGCAUUCCGAUCUCGCAGACGUGGAAAUUCCAAAGCUCUCCAUUGACGAAUACGUGUUCCAGAAAGUCGACAAGUGGCCCCGGAGAAUUGCCGCAGAAUGUGGUACCACCGGCCGGAACUACACGUACGAAGACAUUCUGAAGAAAGUCACCAAUUUGAGUAAGAAUUUUCGGAAGAAGUUGAAGCUACAAAAAGGGGACGUUGUUGCUGUUUUGUUGCCCAAUUCGCCCGAGUUUGUGGUUGUGGCACUGGGGGCCCUCAAAGCCGGACUUAUCGUGACCACUUUGAACCCUAUUUAUACACCAGACGAAAUUUCCCGUCAACUAUCCGACUCCUCCACUAAAGCUAUAAUCACCUUCUCCGACUUGUUCCAACUCGCGAAGGCCUCAACCAACUUGCUACAAACUGGGACAUCUGUCCCCAUCUUGACAAUAAAAACACAGCCAUCCCAGGCCACUCCAGCUGGCGCCCUCAACUUCGACGAGUUCACCGAAAAUGUGGACUUCCCGGACGUACCGGCCGCAGACACCAACGACGUGGCCUUCUUACCCUACUCCAGCGGUACCACCGGCCUGCCAAAAGGGGUACAACUCACCCAUCGCAACAUCAUCGCCAAUCUGUGCCAGUUCAACUCCAAGGAGCUGUCCGUGAUUGAAGAAACCACCAGUGACCACCAGGACGUAAUUCCAGCGGUACUGCCGCAGUUCCAUAUUUACGGACUCACCGCCACGACGCUGCACCUCUUCUCCAAAGGGUGCAAAACCGUCGCCAUAGCGAAAUUUACACCAGAAUUGUAUAUAGCGACGUUGAGGAAGCAUAAACCGGAUGUGCUAUUCGCGGCACCACCUCUGGUUCUUUUCCUGGCAGGGCAUCCAGCGGUGACUUCGUCUGAUCUCCAGUCCGUGAGGACGUUACUGUCAGGGGCUGCUCCUCUCGGUGCUUUAGACGAAGAGCGCUUUCUAGCUAAAGCACAAAAAGACAUCAAUAUUUUUCAAGGGUACGGGUUAACCGAAACGUCCCCCAUGGUCACGAUGACGCGCAAAGACUUGCGCCAGUUCGCCAACUCGAGUGGUACCAUAGGGAGACCCGUGGCUCAAACGUCUAUCAAAAUAGUGGACCCUAAUGACCCUAAUUUCACACCAUUGGGGCCUAAUCAGAAGGGAGAGCUUCUGGUGAAGGGGCCACAAGUGAUGUUGGGUUAUCACAAGCGCCCCCAACAAAUGAAGGAGACGUUUACGGACGAUGGGUGGUUGCGAACGGGAGACUUGAUGUUCUAUAACGACGACAGGUUGUUGUUUGUCAGUGAUAGGUUAAAGGAGUUGAUUAAAGUGAAAGGGUUUCAAGUACCCCCAGCCGAGUUGGAAGAGAUUAUUCGGGACUUCCCGGAUGUUGAAGACGCGGCGGUUGUGGGAGUGCCGCACGCGCGAGACGGGGAAGUACCGCGCGCCUUUAUAGUACCAAAACAAGGAAAGAAGGUGGAUGUUCAGAAGUUACAAGAUUUUGUGAAUGGAAAGGUGGCGCCGUACAAGAAAUUGGCAGGAGGGGUGGAGUUGGUCGAGAGUAUUCCCAAAAAUAAUACUGGCAAGAUUUUGCGACGACUAUUGAAGGAGAAAUACGAACAACGUCAAAGUUAGCCAAUUUUUUUAUUCUGAGGAUUUUAAUUUUAAAUAAAUACGAAUCAACAGUA